AUGUCUGGACGCGGAAAGCAGGGAGGCAAAGCCCGCGCCAAGGCCAAGUCUCGUUCUUCUCGGGCAGGUCUGCAGUUUCCGGUGGGUCGGGUGCACCGUUUGCUCCGUAAAGGCAACUACUCGGAGCGAGUCGGCGCGGGAGCGCCAGUCUACCUAGCAGCGGUGCUGGAGUACUUGACUGCUGAGAUUCUGGAAUUGGCCGGCAACGCGGCCCGUGACAACAAGAAGACGCGUAUCAUUCCCCGCCACCUACAGCUGGCCAUCCGCAACGACGAAGAGCUGAACAAGUUACUGGGCAAGGUCACCAUUGCGCAGGGUGGCGUUCUGCCCAACAUUCAGGCUGUGCUGUUGCCCAAGAAGACCGAGAGUCACCACAAAACCAAGGGCAAGUAA